CCUCUGAAGUUUGCCAAGCGUUCCGGCUUGGAAUCGCAAAGCCGACGCUUGUCCAUCUGAUAACGCACGGCUCCAUCGCAAAGCCUCUUCCUUCUCCUAUAUAACCACAGCUUCCAGCUUCCAAGAGAUCUUCUAAGAACACGGAGAGUAAAAAUGGAGCACAACUCGGAAGAGAGCAGAUCAGUGGAGGCCAUGAGCAUCUUUGGUCAGAGCAUCGAUGUGAGGAGGUCAGCGAGGACCAGGAGAAGAGCCACCCAAAAGAAAUUUUCACCCGCGGGGGAAUCACCGGCGACACCCGGCGUGGAGAGGCUGCACGUCCACCAGCGCAGGGCCGUCGCGGAGCGAGAGCGCGCCCGUGCCGAGGCCGGCCUGUCAAGGGCGAGUACCAUGGCUACCGAGCUGGAGCGGCAACUCGAGCAGGCCAACGCCAAGGCGCAGCAGUCUCACACGUCGGAGCUCCAAGGAACGCGUGCCGGCAGCAGAAGGAAGAAGGGGGCCGUCGACGUCGACACACCCGGCGCCGAUCGGGCCCAGGAUCAGAGCAACUCGCUGUACGCCGAGGUGAUGCACGAGCUGGACCUCGUCAAGAGGGAGCUCCGGAAGCUGCAGCGCGAGGUGAAGGCGGCGAGGGAGGCCAAGGCCGAGGCCGAGAGGGGCGCGGAGACGCCGACGCCCAGGGCGUUGAGCUCCGGUUCGCGUCCCGUCGACCGCGUGAACCGAGACGCCGGCGAGGAGAACGAGGACCGCCGCGGCAUAGCAGGGAUGGCCGAAGCCGGCGGAUCCCGCAAGGACGUGCAGGCGCAGGACGCGUGGACGCGCGCGCAGAGCCCGCAGAGAGACACGAGCCGCGCGAGCGACCCUGAAGAGAGGUUCGCCACGGCGAGCAGCUCCGACGUGGGGCUCGAGCCCGCGGACAUGGCGAUGGUGCCAGCGACAGAGGAGGCCGCGGACCACGUCGAGAACGGCGAGUCCGCGCUGACGGUCACGCGACACGGCGAACACGACGACGAUCGCUCGCCGCUGCAGGCUGCGGCGGAAGCCGAGCUGACCUCGGCGAGGGUAGAGCUGGAGUCCAUCAGAGAAGAGGGCGGCGUCCGGCUCGCGAACUCCGCGGAGCGCACGCGCGGGGAGACGGCGCGGGUCGCCGAGGAGAUCGACCGGCUCACGGAGCAGGAGAAGAGGGCCGGCGCGCAGGUGCAGCAGCUGAACGCCAGGCUGCUCCGGGUCCGGUCCCGGCUGGACGCCGCGGCGGCCGCCGACGAGAGGGCCGAGGCGAUGCUCUCCAAGCUGUCGGCCGCGGCGCGGCAGCUGGCCGAGGAGCCCGAGGCGGCGGAGAAGGAGAGGGAGCUGGUGGAGCUGGAGCACCGGUGCGUCCGGGAAGACGCGGAGGCCGUCGGCGCCGAGAUCGCCGCGGCCGAGCGGAGGGUCCGGGAGGCGGUCAAGGAGCUCGAGGCGGCGAGGGCGUCGGAGGCCGCGGCGACGGGGAAGCUCGAGGCCGUCGUCGGCAGCGCGACGCGGGCCAGGGCGGCCGCGCUGUCGCAGAGGUCCGGGAACGUGACGGUCCCCAGGUUGGAGUACGGGUACCUGACCGGCCGCGCCGAGGUCGUCCGCGCGGUCGCCGACAGGAAGGUGGCCGCGGCGGAGGCGUGGGUGGAGGCGCUGCGCGCCGGCGAGAAAGAGGUGGUGAUGCGGGCCGAGGCGAUCGAGAGGGAGCUCGGAGAAAUGAAAUGACAGCGAACCACGUGGUGGAUCUCGGCGCGCGCGGACACGAAGGAGACCAGCACGGGAGGAGGAUACAUUGCCGAUGACGUCGAGGAGGACGGAGGCGCCGUCGUCAUCGGCGGUGCGAAAGCAAAGGUCGCCUUCGUUCAGCGUCAGAGUGAAGAGGACACUGGUGCCGAAGUUCACGAAACUCAUUGCAGGGGGAGUUGCUCAUGUUUUUCACAUAUAAAU